AUGGACGUUCCUGCGACCGACACCGGGUCGCUGCGGCAGGCGCUUGCCGAGCUCCGUUCGCUCGCCUCCGCCGCUCAAUUUGCCAACGUCAAGGCAGCGCGCCUGGUCGCCCUCGCCAGCGCCGUCCUCGACGAGCUCGAGCGCGCCAACCUCCCUCAACAGCAACAGCAACAGCAGCAGCAGCAGCAGCAGCAGCUUCAGACACGCAACCCCCAGCAGCAGCAGAGAUCUGGCUCGCUGCUUUCCCGGUUUGGCACCCAGCAGGAUUUCGUCAAUGCGUUUGCGGGCUGCCGCGUUCUGCUUGCGCUCCUCUCCUCGGCGGCGCCACUUCCAAAGCAGCAGCACCAGCAGCAUCAGCAGCAACAAGCACCACCACCACCGCAGCCGUUGCCGCAGGACGCGUGGAAGGCAGUCGCGUUCCGUGAGGGCGCAAUGCGGACACAGUUCCUCGAAUGUUCCCAAACAGUCACCGCGCUCUUGCCGCAGGAGAUCCAGCAGCAGGCCAUUGCGCUCGCGGCCACGGGCUCCAUCUCCAUGAUUGCUGCAGCAACUAGCAGCACCAAGCCCGCCGCCGCGGACGCGCUCUAUGGCAACGCGACCGUCCUCACCCAGCAGCGAAGCCCAGCAGCAAACCAAAAGCCCAACAACAACAACAACACCAACAACAACAAUGGGUCCUCGCUGUCCCCGGCUGCAGCGGCGGCGGCUACCAUUGCUGCUGCAACCAACAUUGCGCAAAAGUCGCCGGACGAGCUGGCGAACGCCGGGCUGCGGGGUCAGCGCGCAAUGCUCUUCUGCGGGCUUCACUUUGACGACGACGACGCGGCGGACGUCACUGCACUCAAGUUCAUGCUCACCGACAUUGUCCAGUACAUGCUGCUGCAGCUCCAGCCAAAGACUGCACCCGCGCUGCACGCGAAUCUGCUGCGCUCGCUCGUCGCAAUGUUUGAUCGCCAUCUCAAGGGCUCGCCUCAGUCCUCGUCGUCCUCGUCGUCCUCGUCGAACGGCAGCAGCAGUCUCACGUCCGCCCCGCCGUCCGCUCCAAGCAGCUUCUACCAUGCUGGCAACAAGCAGGGCAAGAGCAGCCAGCAGCAGACCGUCCUGCGAUGCCCGCGCGUCCCCUUCUUUGAGCUCGAUUUCCCCGACCCAAAGCCGCUCGGCGCAGGCGGCUACGCCUCCGUCUGGCGCGCCAUCUGGCAAGGCGACGAAGUCGCCGUCAAGAUGCUCAAUUCGCCCGGCAUCCCUUCCGGCGACGCGGGCAUGAAGCUCGCCAUCAAGGAUCUCAUCCACCGCGCAAACCAUCUCAACCACCAGCUCGGCGCAGGUGGUGGCGCUGGUGCCGGCCACAAUGCGGGCUUUGUUGAGGCCGACGACGACUCGGAGGAGGCACGGCAGCGCCGCGAGGGCAUGAAGCUUGCUCUGCAAGAGUUUGAGCAUGAAGUCUCGGUGAUGGAGCGUCUCUCCCACAAGAACGUUGUCAUGCUGUACGCUGUCUGCGCAGAGAAGGGCAACCGCUGCUUGAUUAUGGAAAACUGCGCCGGAGGCAGCCUGUAUGAUUACAUGGUCACCCAACGCGACAACAUUCUCGACGUGCCGUGGAAGCUCCGAGCCCGCUUCAUCAAGGAGGCUGCUCUCGGCAUGGCCGCGCUGUACAAGCACUCUCCGCCAAUCAUCCACAACGAUCUCAAGACCUCCAACCUGCUCCUCGACCAGGACUUGCACGUCAAAGUGUCGGACUUUGGCCUGUCGCGCUUCCGUCAGCAGGCUCCCACGAGCCCCGGCCCCGGUGCGGGCAGCGCGUCAAACAAGGCCUCGGCAGCCAAUGACAAGCUGCAGCACCAGCGUGACCUCGGCAUGAUCAAUGCUGCGCUCGGCCGCGUCCUGUACGCCGCCCCAGAGCUGCUGGUUUCCCAAAGCCGCUCGGCUGGCGAGUGGUUUGCCAGCAACGCCCCGGUCAACGAGGCCUGCGACGUUUAUGCAUUCGGCUGCAUCAUCUGGGAAGUCGUGCACCGUGAUUUGCUCUUCUGCGACUUGGCCACCAUGCAGGUCGUUCCCGACCAGGAAACGGCCAUCAUGGAGAUUACGCGCCUGAAAAAGUCUGGCGUGGCCAUCACGGUCGAGCCCCACAUUCAGAACUGCCCGCCAAAGUUCAAGGAGCUGAUUGAGCGCUGCUGCGAUGUCAACCCUUCCAAGCGCCCCAAGUUUUCCGAGCUUGUCGGCGAGCUCACGCAGCUCGAGACCAAGCUUGCAAGCGUCGAGUACUGCCAGGAAAUCAACAAGAAGGGCGAUUCCAUCCACCCCGAACCCUUGCCUCAACGCUUUGAUGCCUACCGUCAAGACCAGGCGGCACCCCUUUCCCGCCAUCAGCUCAGCCUGCGCGCCUCGGAGCGCAAGAUUGCGUCCCGCGACUCUGGUGGUUACGAAAUCCUGGACGCGCUGCCUUCGGUGCAAAGCGCACAGGUCGCGUUCGAGCGAAACUUUGUUGGGCCCACACCGCAUCAGCAACAACAACAGCAGCAAUCACCAGCGCUUCCUCCGCGGUCCAAUUUGAAUCCUGCAGCAGCUCAACAGCCCCAGCAGCAGCAGCAGCAACAAAAGGCGGCGCAGACCACUGGAGGACAAGGGCCCGCCACUGCACCCAGGAAGAAGGUGAUGCUGCUGCCCAACCGGCCCGCAGCGACGCUGCCCAACGAGAAGGAGGCUGCCAUUUACGAGCUGGCUGCCAGCUUGCCGGACAGCGCUGCCCUGCCUCCGGUGCCUGCCAAGCCUGCUGCGCUCGCAUCACGUUUGAGCUCUGCCGUGCCCAAUGGGCCACUGCCGGCUUCUCCUGGUCCUGGUGUCCGCGUCCCAGCCGUCCAGAAACUCGCGGAACCAGCUGCGCCGAGGUCGCCUUCCAUGCUGAUUGAGGCGCCCUUGGCUGCUCCCUCGCGCCCGACUGCCAACAAGCCUGGCCAGCAACCGGUAUCGAUGGCAGCGGGUGCCUCGGCCGCGUUGGCACCUACGCCUCGCGGAGCCACACCCGCGCCAAACGUCUCUCCUCCGAUUCCAGAGACGUUGGUCCUGGGCGAGGCUGCCCCUCACACUGUUCCAAAGCUCUACCUCGACGCAAACCUUGCACACUUGCAGGACUUGGCAGAGGACAACGAUCCCGAGGCCCAGUACCAAAUGGCGCUUCGCCACUUGACUGGCUCGGGUGGCGCGACCAAAAACCUGACCGAGUCACUGAACUGGCUCAAGCGAGCAGCCCGCGACGGCAACCACCCCAUUGCCUUGUAUGAGCUGGCCAUGCGCAACCUGCAUGGCAUCGACAUGCCUGCGAACGGAAACAAUGCAUUCCGCUACUUUUUCCGCGCUGCUCGCGCCGGAAACAUGUCGAGCUUGCGCUGGGUUGGCCAUUGCUACAAGACUGGCACAGGCGUCAAGGAGAAUGUGGCUGAGGCGCUGCGCCUCUUUAGCGAGGGCGCCGAGCUCGGCGAUGCGGGCGCCCUGUAUGAGCUUGGUCAGUGCCACGAGCUGGGCCUGUGCGGCGUCACCAAGGACCCCGCCCGUGCUUUGGAGUACUACACUGCCGCGCGUGCACAAAACCACGGAGAUUCAAUCUCGCGCAUUGCGCAGUGCCACAUGGACGGAAGCUUUGGCUUCCCGCGCGAUCAACCCGCUGCGUUCCGAAUGUUCAUCGAGUCCGUCAAACACGAUUCCUUGGAGGGCUUGUGCUGGCUCGGCGCUUGCUACCGUGAUGGUGUUGGUGUGGAAAAGUCAAUGGCGCACGCCUUCAAGUGCUAUGAAAACGCUGCGCUGCGCGGACAUGCGCGCGCCCAGCGCAACCUCGGCUGGUGCCUGUACGAAGGACAUGGCACUGCAGUCAACAAGGAGCAGGCGCUCAAGUGGUACUUCCGCGCGGCUGCGCAGAACGAACUCACAGCACAGACAUUCCUGGCAUGGUACUAUUCGCCAGACUCGCAGCACCCCGCCGCCGAUGUCACCACUUGUCUCGAGUGGUAUCAAGCUGCCGCUCUCAACAACGACGUCGAGUCCAUGGUCAAACUCGGUGCUGUCUACCGUGACGGCACUUGGGGCGUCCCUGUCGAUCACCAAGCGGCCGUCAAGUGGUUUUUGCGAGCUGCCGAGGUUGGCAACAGCAGUCGUGCGCAGCGAAAUCUUGGCUGGUACUAUGCCAACGGCAAUGUGAUUAAGCGGGAUGUGGCACAAGCGAUCAAGUGGUACUCGCGAAGUGCCGAGCAGAACGAUGGCCAUGCCCAAUUCUGUUUGGGCUGGUUUUACCUUCAUGGCGACGGCGUGGCUCGUGAUGUUCCAACUGCACGCUCAUGGUUUGAACGCGCGCGUGACAAUGGCAGCAAGGAUGCCAUCACACAACUGGAGAAGAUGAAAGACGGUGACUUUGACAGUCAACCCGAGCCGCUUCGACAAACCAUCUCCACUGUUGCACCACCCAAACCUUCCCUUCCUAAAGGCCUGAACGCUGCGCCACUGCCCGCCGCUUCCUACUUGGAGAUGUCGCUCAAGGACAUUGCAAAGGCCGAGCGAGUCCCGCUCUCUCGUUUCCUUGAUCUCGCUGCCACCCAGAUUGAGAUUCGCGCGCUCGGCCGUGAGAGUGUGCACAAAGUUGCAGCUGCUCCAACUGCCAACACUCUGCUCAAGGAUGAAGUGACCAAGAACGGAUUCCAGCCUGCGCUGCUUCAAACAACGCUGAGCACCGCGGACAUUAAUGCUGUUUGCUGGCUGCUUCGCCGCUUCUUGCAGAAGCUGCCCGACGCCGUGAUUCCGCUUGCCUUCCAGUCGUCUUUCUACGAUGCUGCGCGUCGUACCUCUGAUCGCGUGGCUGCUUUGUCGGGACUGAUUUCAAAACUCCCUGCUGAGCAUAUCGCAGCGCUCAAGCGUUGCGUCCAGCAUUGUGCCGUUCUUUCGGCGAGCAUCGAGUCUCCGCAAAAUGCUCUGCAAACGCUGGCUAACAUCUUUGGGCCGCUGAUUUUGCGUGGAGCCGAUCUGUUGGACCAGUCCAAGCUCCCGCAGCAAGCCGAGCUUGUGCUCGUGCUGGUGCAGAACAAGGACUCGCUGUUCUAAGUGCACACGAGUUCUUUUUUCCCCACUAUCCUGAUGCUCUUUUCCUCCCUUAUUAAUCUGAUUGCCAUUUGCUUCCUCUUUUUCGUCGAUGUGUUGUUGUUGUCGAUGUAGUCUCUUUUCUGUGUUUUGUUUUUUGCCUACGUUCUACCUUUGCCAUCUCUUGUCGGCGCGUGUGUAUUCUUCCGCUUGACGUUGGAUGGCAUGUAGUUUUGUUGCAGUGUUUCGUGUUUGCCAUUUUUUUUUUUCGGCGUGCUGUGCCGCGCUUUUGUUGUUCUCGUUGUGACGUGUUUUCAACACAGACCCGUU